AUGAAAGCCUCGCCGCUCAUCAUCAAUUGGCACGACCAGAAUGCCCCAAUCUACUCUGCCCACUUCGAGCCAAACGGCAAGGGCCGCCUAGCCACGGCUGGUGGUGACAAUCAUGUUAGAGUGUGGAAGGUCGAAGCCGAUGGGCCCGAACGCAAGGUCGAGUAUCUGUCGACGCUCUCCAAGCACAACCAAGCUGUCAACGUCGUACGGUGGGCUCCCAAAGGAGAGACACUCGCCUCGGCCGGCGAUGACGGCAAUGUCAUCCUAUGGGUUCCCAGCGAGAUUCCGACUACCACCUUUGGAUCCGAAGGCCUAGAUGAUAAGGAAUCAUGGAGAGCAAAGCACAUGUGUCGCUCUAGCGGGGCGGAGAUAUACGAUCUGGCAUGGUCACCAGACGCUGUCUACUUUAUAAUCGGCAGCAUGGAUAAUAUUGCCAGGAUCUACAACGCAAGCUCAGGAACCCUCGUAAGGCAAAUUGCCGAGCAUAGUCAUUACGUGCAGGGCGUUACUUGGGACCCGUUGAACGAGUACAUCGCAACCCAGUCGUCAGAUCGAUCCGUCCACAUCUACUCACUCAAAACCAAAGACGGGCAAUAUACCCUGAGCCAGGACGAUAAACUGCCACGGCUGGCAAGCCAUAUCAAGGCCGAUCUACCCCCUCGACGAAUCUCUUCGAGCAGUCCCGCACCACCCGAGUUCGGCCACCGAGCACAAUUAACUGUGGACUCUUCUACAUCUGUGGGAUCGCCGGCUCCCUCAGCACCAAGCACGCCGACUUCAGCUCCUCUCCCCAUGAACCCGCCGAGCGUAAUCAGUCAUAGCCGUCGCUCCUCGUUCUCCUCUCGUCGCUCCGUCUCGCCGGCACCUUCGCUGCCCCUUCCCGCUGUCAUGCCAAUGGAGACAUCGCCGAAGCCUCAUCAUACCCUCAACUCCAACUGGGCCCUAGGAGUGAAGAACGCAAGUCUUUACGCAAACGAGACUCUUACAUCUUUCUUCCGACGACUUACGUUUACUCCUGAUGGAAGCCUCCUGCUCACGCCAUCCGGGCAAUACCAGAACCAGCAUCAGGCGGACAAGGACGCAAAGCCAACUUACGAGGUCAUCAAUACAGUGUACAUUUACACUCGAGGUGGCAUUAACAAGCCCCCGAUAGCUCAUUUACCCGGCCACAAAAAGCCGUCUGUUGUUGUCAAGUGCUCUCCGAUUUUCUACACGCUUCGCCAAUCUCCACCAGUGACUAAACAUGUCACGAUUGAUACAUCUUCCGCUGAAGAUACCAUCCCCUCCCUCCCAGAACCAGUUUCUAAGCCAGUAGCUGCCGCAUCCGUCAUGGAGCCUCCGCCGCUCCCCACACCAUCCUCAACUACCGCUGCACCAGCAGCUGCUGCUGAGGGAACUGCUUCAUCAAAGGGAGCAACAGCGGCCGAGAAUAAUGCGUCUACGCCAGGCCCCAAGCCGGCUUUUGCCCUUCCAUAUCGGAUGGUGUACGCUGUCGCCACACAGGAUUCCGUCCUGUUGUACGAUACACAACAGAAGACCCCGAUAUGCGUAGUUAGCAAUCUGCACUGCGCAACCUUCACCGACCUUGCUUGGUCAACUGACGGACUCACCCUCAUCAUCUCGUCAUCAGAUGGAUUCUGUUCCACGUUAACCUUUGCCGCCGGUGAGCUCGGCGAGGUUUACAAGGGUGAGGUCGGUGCAAAGGCAGUUUCAUCAAACCAGAAUGCGUCCACUUCGACUCCCACGUCCAGCUUUGCCUCCCCAUCGCCGUUCCCCAGCGGACCACAGCAUCAGUCUCGCAAUUCGGCGAGCUCUUUCACAGCGCCUUCUCCUCCAUCCACCUCCGCAGGUCCAUCUCAUCGCCCGUCAUCGCCCACAAGAUCGAAUUCUACGUCUUCUGUGGCCACACAGCCUUCUGUGGUCGUGAGCAACCCGCCUCUUAUUAGUGGUAAUGUGCCAUCGAUCACAGCCACCAAUUCAGGCAGGGUGACGGGCGUGCCGUUGACAACGCCUCCGGAAACACCCAAGGUGGUGGCUCCCCCAGCGAGCGCGGGCGUAAAGAGAGACGCCGAUGAGGCAGAGAAGGAGGAAGGGAAGGAGCCUAAGAAGAGAAGAAUCGCUCCAACUCUCGUCACGAAUCCAACAUGA